UUUGUGUUGCAAUUUUGCAGACCAUGAUCAAAAGAGCAUCCUUCUGAAAUAGCUUGCGGUUUCUGUGUACAUACCUGCCUGAUGUAAGCCUCCUUCUAGGGUACACCUGUUCUUCGACGCGUAAGCGGACAAAUUCUACAGAGCCCAGUUCUUUCCACUGAUGAGACAAAAUGAGAAGGAUGGAAUCUUUGCCUCUGACUGCAGGGAAGAUACCUCAAUCAGUUAGUUUAGUGUCGUCAGGCUAUCGCUUUUUAAAAUUAGCUUAGUGUCUUAAUGUGCCUGAGUUCUUCUGCCAAGUACCCUUUCUUAGUUUAACGAGUGUUUUAGGUGGGAUUCUAUUUUACAGUAUCUUAUUUGUUCCACUAUGGUUGCUUGAGUUCACACAUUACAAGUGCACUGGUACUAAGACAGCUUUUCAGAACUAUUUCAGUCAAUCAUCGGCAGAGGUGAGGUGAGGUAAGGUGAGCUGAGGAGGAGUUCAUGGAGAUGGAGGGCCGGGGUCUGUCUGACCUGUUCAGGAACACCAGCGAGGAGAUCUUCCUCAAGGCGGUGAUGGAGAACUCGAUCGGAGUGGCGGCGCCGCCGAGCAUGGAAAUGAUGGGGUUCAGAAACAUGUCGCAGAGCUUCAGAGAAGACAGCGAGGAGUUGUUCAACAGCUGGCUCAUGAAUGGAGAGAUUCCAGGCUUUAGUCACCUGAAUAAUCGGCCUCGACAACCAUCUAGGUUGUCAUCAGAGGCAGGUGCCUUUCCUAAUCAACAACAUGACAUUGCUCGGCAAAAUUUUCUCGCCGACAACUUGAUCCCUGAGAAUUGUGCAGUUCCUCCUGAAUAUGCGAGUAACCAUAACCAGCAACCACUCAAGAAUGCAGCAGAGAAAGGGAUGCAAGCAAGUGAUCUACUUUUGGCAAAGACCUGGUUUCACUGCACUCAACCAAUGACUAGAAGCAGAUCUUCAGAACUGAGGAGGCGGUAUGCUGCGAUGCAGAGUAACGUGUCACCGAUAACUACAGGAACUAUGAGAGCAGCAAACCAAUUGAGACUAGAUUUUACCAACACAAAUGCAGCAAAUGGUGCCCCAAUGAGCAGCACUCCACUUCAGACUUCGACAUUUGUAUCUCCUUCAUGUUCAUCGACGUCCCCCUUGGACAAUCCUCAUAUGCUUGCGCAAGAUACUGUUACCUCAGUGGUGAGCAUGCUCAAGGAUACGCUCGAGCGUAAGAAGCUCAGUAGCCCUGCAAACAGAGACAUGCCGCAUGGCAACCCUUUUGGGUUUUACGACAACCAGCAGUUUCAACACAACAUUCUUGGAGGAACAGAUAUGUUCCCCUUGGUGACCAAUGGACAUGUUCAGGACUCCCUGAUGCUUCCUGAAGUCGAGAGGCCCACGGAACCAAAUGCCGAGAACUUUGUUGCCCCCGCGAGCCAGAUUUGGAUCAGUGCAGCGUCUCGCGAACCUUCACAGAGUGGAUCGUCUAAUGCUCUGACGGCUCAGUCAGCCGGUUUUGAAGUGUGUGAUGAGCUACGUCCUAUGGGGCAAGGACUGUCUGUGUGUGAGAGCACUAGGAAAAAUGUUGCAAAUGGGACAGCUGACUGCAGAUCAAACGGCAAAGAUUACAGAGAGAAGGUACUAAAAGAUAAUUUGAAGGAUGAAAGAAAGAGAGUGGCCCUGACACGAAUGGGAUCCAUCUCAUCAGAACAAGCAGGUGAUAGAGGAGAUCCUACGAAGAAACGGAGGGUUGAGCGCACACGCAAAAUGGCAGAAGCAAAGGAAAGAAGUUCAACCCCGGUAAUACCAACAGACAUGCAAGCGGUGCUCAAGCGCUGCGAAAACCUAGAGAAGGAGGUCAGGUCACUAAAGCUUAACUUGUCAUUCAUGAACCGGAAGGAUUCAGAACAGACGAAGCAGAUCGAGGAUCUUCAGAAGCAAAACGAGGACAUGGCGGAAGAGAAGGAGAGGCUGAUAGAGGAGAUUGAACGAAUGGCCUCUGACUCCACGGCAUGAUCGCUGGCCUAGCACUUCCUGCUUUAUAAACUAAUAGCAGCGGACUUGGCCUAGCACUUCCUGCUUUAUAAACUAAUAGCAGUGGACUUGGAAAGAGUCCCUGCUCACUAGAUACAGAUAUACACCCAAUUAUAGUUGAUGGUCUGAAUGUACCAUUCAUUUCGUUCUAUGUUCCUAUUGUAAUCUUUAACAUGUACUAGUACCGACAAGAACAGAUUGGUAAUUGCAUCUUUAAUUCAGAUUGCAAUUCA